AUGCAUGCUUCGCACCAACAUUACCAUCCUUCCUCUCAUCGAAUAGGCAUCAUCACUUCGCUAUGUCUCUCCCUCCUCGUCCUCUCCUCAACAGUGUCCGCCCUCCCACCAGCGCCUGUCAGCUCCAUGGCAUACACCACCAUCGACGAGAACACACUCUACAUCCAAGGCGGGAUAGAUCCAUCCGACACCAACAAGACCUCCUCAGCUCGCAAGUCAAAGCAGUUCUUCUCCCUCGAUCUUACAAGACCCACCACCUGGAACACAAUAUCAACAACACUCCCCUGGACGCAACUCAACGCCGAUGGCGAUUCAGGACCCGCGGCCUUUGGGCACUUUCUGUCAUUCGCACCCAGGGGUCGAAAUAUCUCAGUCUGGGACCCGAGCGGGACCAACUCCUCGAUCAUGGGUUAUAGUCUGGAUGCCAAAAAGUGGAUCAAGAUCGGAGAUCGACCUAUGGAACUGACAACGCAACCAGGACUCCAAGCAGUGUCGCAUCCAACCUCUGGACUGGUGUAUAUACCAAGCGGAAGAAAUAAUGCCGACGGUGAUAUGUUGAUCUAUGACCUGUUGACCACGAUAACAACGUGGGCUCCGAUGCCACCCAGGGAGUCCAGCAAUGCGCUUCAAUGGUACGGGUACUCGUUCGUCUGGAGCAGCUAUAGGAAUUCGUUCUUGAUUUUUGGAGGUGGCGGGGAUGUGGGAUCGUACUUUUAUGAGUUCAAUGUUUCUGACAACGACUGGACUGGGCUGAUGAUCCUGUUUGGCGGACAAACAAGUCAUGGCACUACACCCGGGGAACUCUAUACCCUCGACAUGGAGUCAAUGACGUGGAAUCUCACCCAGACCGUCCCCUCAAGUCAGAGUCGGCAUAGCAUGGCCUGCUCAGUCUCUGGCGACAAUUUCAUUAUCUGGGGUGGACAAUCAUCGGCAGGAGCAAUCAUGUCAGGAACACCGCUCAUCUACAACAUCAACACCAACCAAUGGACGACUCAAUUCGUUCGCGGGACGAGUUUCACACCCACCGGGUCUUUGACUGCACGGAAUACAGAAGCUGCCCGAGGAGGUUCAGGAUACGAGACUACGACGUCUUCUUCGGUCAAUGUUGGAGGUGCGAUAGUUGGGAGCGUGGUUGUGGUGGCAUUCGUCGGGUUCUUGUUCUACAGGAGGAAGAAGCGGCAGAGGGCUUUGAGGAAUGGUGGCCAGUUCUUGCAGAUGCCUGGGAGCGAUGUGAGUCUUACUCAUAUUAUCUCGCCGCCUCCACUUCCUGGAUCAGGAUCAUCUGGGCAAGGAAACAUCACGGAGCUGAACCGUGGUCGGCAGCGGCUUCAUGGAUCUCAUUCUAAUUCUCAGCCCAUAGCUCUUACUGGCCAUCAAGCCAACGGCAACAACAAUUAUCCAAGCAACAACUAUAAUCACAAUAACAGCAGCAGCUACAACGCCAACAGCAUUGACAGCAGCUACAACACCCACGCCCACAGUACCGACAACAACCUAAACUCACCACCACUACCCCUCCAACCCAUCUCUACAAAAGAGGAGAUGAUCGGAUCAAUACCUGUACAUACAUUCAACAGCGACAACCACGACAAUCACAUCAACAACAAUGAAAGUAGCAGUAGCGACAGUGGCGGUUACGCCAUCCACGAUCAACAAGUCGAAGAAUUACAACACCAACUCGCAGCGCGCAAGGAAAAACUCGUCCGUCGGAAUAGUGGUCUCCGCCCUCAGUACCACCCUCCCCCACCUCCUGUUGUUUCUGGCGGCAGUGGUGGAUUCACAGCCCCCAAAGAUGUCGCAAGGAGUCCGCAGGGCGCUGGCAACCCUGUCGUGCAAGGCAGCAGUAGCAAUGGCAAAAGUACGACCGGAGGCACGAGUAAUGAGGAGUUGCAACGUCAAGUUCAGGCGUUGCAGGCAGAACUGAGUCGUAUACAGGCCAUCAUUGGCUCAUAA